CGGUCUCUAUCAAUGGUAAAUCAGUUAUUUCGUCAGAAUUCACAGUUGGUCAAAUAGUUUCCCUGAUAAUCGGCAUAUGUGUUGUUGAGCUCAUACUGGUAACCGCCGCAAUUUGUGUGAGGAAGCGGUUGCAAGCAAGUUCUUCGGACAAAACGUCGCCUCCUCCCGACAUUGACCAGAACGCACGUGUACCAGACCUGUGAAAAAACCUACGACACCACUUUUUCCAGGCGUUAAAAUGUCAUAGAUGACACAAAUACAUACAACAUUGAUACUUAAACAAUACUGUGUGGUUUUAUUUUCAUUAGGAGAGCGGAGUAAUUAUGCAGAUUUUCGUACAAUGCUGAAGUCUGUCUUCUCAUCCAAUAACAUUUCAUUGUUUUUAUUUUCACUAACACCUGAUGAACUGAAUGUAGAUCGUGGUGGGGUAUUAAGGUAUCACACCGGUAAUUUUUUUCACUAUAUAUUACUAUAGAGGAAAAAAAUCAUUAAAAAUCAGUUUACAGAAUUGAUGCCGAAUAACGCAGUCAGAAACGUUCUAUGUUACCUAUCUCGUCUGUCGACACCAGAAAAACAACACCCUACGCGGCAUUUUCGAAAAUAAAUUACCCGCAAACAAGACUACCCUCAAAUCCACGUGUUUUUCACAUGUAUGUAAACAGCCGGAGUGCACCUCAGGAAGUAGCCUCAGCUACCAACAGCAAAUAGUUCCUUUGUAUACACUUGGUUAUUUCUACAAAUUACACAAAAUUUCCUAAUCAGGGGUACAAAAAUUAAGAGAAAAGAAGAAGAGGAAAUGAGAAAAAUCGCGCAAUGAAAAAAAUUAUUUCUUUAAAUAUAUGGAACUACAAUUGUUGAUUUCUGCAAUACAAACGCACGCAAAUCAAAUUUAUUGCUAAAUUUAGUUUCAAAGCAUAAUUUAUGCAUUCAGAAUACUGACUUUGUCGUAGAAGGUGAGAAGUUUUCUUUUGUUCAAAAAUUUACAACCUUAGAUUAAUAUAUUCUUUUUGACAAGUAUGUCUUAGAAAAUUUGCAAAGUUAUAGAAUUAUUCCGGAAGGUACGUUUUCUACAACUUCUGACCAUUUACCUAUCAUAGCAGCUAUGGAUUUCAAUAUAGCUACACAUAAUCUUAGGUACACCCAAUCACAAUUACCGGCGUGGCACAAAGCUGCACCCGAGGCUGUCGUAGAAUACAGACAGAAAGUUGAUAACGCCCUAGAGCACCUGUUAGAAUCUAACAUAAAUAACAAUACAGACCUGGGCGAGUAUAUCCGUACUAUUUCGAAUACUCUCCACAGAUGUGCCAGGGAAUCAAUCCCAUUUACGUCAUUCAAUCCUUUUACUCGUCCGGAAUGGACAAAAGUCGUUAAAGAACUUCACACUAUUGAACGUUCUAAGCGUCGUGUAUGGAUAUCUGAAGGACGUCCUCGCGGUAUGAACUUUACAUCAUAUCGAAAUUAUAAAAGAGCAAAGCGACUGUUUUGAAACGCUCUAAAUGAAGAACAUGAAAAACACAUGUGUAAGGUCUACCGUGACCUCGACAAUGCGUCAGAAUGUGACAUACGUCUAUUUUGGAAAUUAGCCAAACGCAGAAAACCCCGAGCCUCUAGAAUUUAUCCCGAAAUAAAAGACAACAAUGGUCAGAUUCAAAAUGACCCAAAUAGUGUAGCGGAAGUCUUUGCUUCUCAUUUUGAAAAAAUUUAUAGUCCUUUAGAAGAGGAACAUUUUGAUUCUAACUUUAAAUACGAAGUUGAGAAUAAUAUUAACAACAUUAUAAAAUAAUGUGAGGUUGAUGUUAGUGACUUACCGGGUGAUAAUAUAGAAUUGGAAGAACUUACACCAAUUAUAAAUAAUCUAAAGUUACGGAAAGCACCUGGCCAUGAUUCACUAACAAAUGAACAUAUUAUUCACGGAGGUAAAAUUCUUACCCUCUGUCUUCUAAAAAUGUUCAAUGCAGUCAUAGCCUGCGGUAAUAUUCCCCAUGAAUGGAAGCGCGGCUUAAUAGUUCCAUUAUAUAAAGGUGGAGACAAAUCGAAAGCCGCAUGCAACAGUUAUAGGCCUAUAUCUCUUUUGCCCUGCUUUUUUAAAAUACUUGAGAAAAUAAUUCUAUCUCGUAUCUCAAAUUCAACUCUUGUAUCAAAACAUUUCCCAAAUGCUCAACAACAAGGUUUUCAAAAAUAUCUAGGUUGUUUAACCGCGUCGUUUAAUUUACAAGAGACAAUUUUUCAUAAUAUAGAACAAGGCAACAAUGUCUAUGUUAGCUUUUUGGAUAGCUAAAUUAAUUUAAUUUAAUGAAAGCGCUAAAGCUUUACGGAGGAUUUCUGUGUUUUCUUUUCAUAUUUUUUAAAUAUAUAUAUAUAUAUAUACUGUAUAUAUACAACCACCUUAUAACCCAAUGGCAACUUUGGUGUUUAAACUAAUGAUUUUUCUUAAGAAUGUUUAAAAGAAGAUGUACUGAAUUAGUUGAAUUGAGAAGAUUUUGUAGAUUAGUUUUAAUAGUUUGUAAGUUCCGUGAAAUUGAUCCGCUUAAAUUCUUUAAUCUGUUUACAUUCAAACAUAGGAUUAAGAAACUACAUGUACAACGAGGAAAGCAUUUCUACUUAUGAUGGAAACUGUGAUUAAGUUUGAAAUACACUGUAUGUUGUGCGAUAGAAGUGACAUGUUUCAGGUUUAAAAAAAAAAAAAGAAUAAAAAGGGAAAAGAAGUGCAUGAUAACAUCUUUCCUUUGAAAGAUAAUAAUAUAUACUCUUUUUUAAGAAAGCAUACUGAGAUUAUUAUCGUUUCAGGAAAUACAUGCAAGAUGAAUAUAUUAAGGAGGUACUCUAUAUCGUCAUAACGGCUAACUUCCUUUUAAAACAUGGAUGAAAAAAUCAAUCUCAGCAAUAUUUCACUUUUUCUUUUAAAAACUGUUUGCCCAUCUUUCUAUUUUGUAUUUUGAGUUAUGCGAUUGAUCACUGUUCGUUAUCUUCAUCUUUCAAAGAGAGAGAGAGAGAGAGAGAGAGAGAGAGAUAGAGUUAAGGCUUAUCUUAUUUAUAUCUAUUCAUUAAUCAACACAAUGUAAAGCUUUAACAGUUAUGUUAGUAUAUUUAUAUCAGACUACGUACCAUCAUUUUUGAAACACUUCAAAACAAACACUUCCGCAGGAAACUUCCCUGUAAGCAUUGUUAAUCGCAUUCAGUCCUCAGGCAAGAUGUACCUUAUGAAAACCAUUCUAACGCUGGUGGGGAGCUUGGGUAAGAAUUGCAAUAUUAAUACUGAUCAUAUAUCAAUGAUUGAUUCAAUAUUGUUUAACGUCCCUCUCGAGAAUAUUACACAUAUACCAAUGGAAAAAGAAAUCAUAGAUACAAUCCUAAGCAUUAUUGACUUUUUAGGUUAUGGAUCAACACGAGAUGUUUUCAUGGGAUAUCUGGACGAAAAGAGCGGACAGAUUACAUCACCUGAUUUCCCUGCGACCUAUCCAAACAAUGUAAAUUGCACGUGGUUAAUUAGAACGGGACAUCCUCAAUCGAAUGUGACAAUUACUGUCAUCGACAUGGAUAUCAAAGAAUGGAAUCCCUGUGACGACUAUUUAAAGAUUCAAGAAGUUGAUCCUUGCUGUUUUACUGUGUUUAAAAGGUGUGGUGCAAUGCAAAGCGAAAAGAGGAUGGCAAGAGGUAGCAAAAUUGAAAUAUCAUUUGUAUCUGACCACACGUUGACUGCGAAAGGAUUUCGUCUUUCUUGGACAGUUAUUUCACCACCACCUCCAACAAAAAGAAUAAUGUCUUCAACAUUAAAAAUACUGACUUCGUCACGGAUGCAAAAGACGACAACUCUGUCUACAGGAAGAACAACAAUUUCCACUAGCAAGUUAGCAACUCCGACUACAACAACAUCAAAGACAACCACUACAGCAACAACAACAACUCCGACUACAACAACGACAACAACUCCGACUACAACAACAUCAAAGACAACAACUACAACAACACCGACUUUAACAAUACCUUCUACAACUUCGACAACAGCAACAACAACAACUCCGACUACAACAACGACAACAACUCCGACUACAUCAACGACAACAACUCCGGCUACAACAAAAACAACAACUUCGAAUACAACAAUGACAACGACUCCAGCAAUAACGAGUAAGGCAGAAAAAACCAAGAUAACCAGAACAACAAAAAUACCGGUAUCGCGAACGAUAUCACAAGUAACAACUGCAAUUAAUGCAUCAGGAAAUGUGUUACUGGUCACACAAGUGUUCAACGACACCAUCAUUAAUUCAUCAACAGCGGUCUCUGUCGAGGAACAAUCAGUUAUUUCGUCAAGAUUCACAGUUGGUCAAUUAGUUUCCUUCAUAAUCGGCAUAUGUGUUGCUGAGGUCAUACUUGUAACGGCGGGAAUUUGUGUGAUGAAGCGAUUGCAAGCAAGUUCUUCGGACAAAACGUCGCCUCCUCCCGACAUUGACCAAAACGUUUCCAAUCACUACCAUUCUAUUCCAUUAGAAAAUUUCUCUACAAGCGAAUUCAAAGUGGCUGAGGAGGGCGUGUACGUAGACCGUCCUGACAAUGUCUAUGACAGUACAUUCGCCAGUAGACCACACAACAAUCAAGACAAUUUCAACGUGUACCAGACCUGUGAAAAAACCUACGACACCACUUUUUCCAGGCGUUAAAAUGUCAUAGAUGACACAAAUACAUACAACAUUGAUACUUAAACAAUAAUGUGUGGUUUUGUUUUCAUUAGGAGAGCGGAAUACUUAUGCAGAUUUUCGUACAAUGCUGAAGUCCGUUUUCUCAAUAACAUUUCAUUGUUUUUAUUUUCACUAACACCUGAUGUACAAUGCUGAAGUCCGUCUUCUCAGUAACAUUUCAUUGUUUUUAUUUUCACUAACACCUGAUGUACAAUGCUGAAGUCCGUCUCCUCAAUAACAUUUCAUUGUUUUUAUUUUCACUAACACCUGAUGUACAAUGCUGAAGUCCGUCUUCUCAAUAACAUUUCAUUGUUUUUAUUUUCACUAACACCUGAUGUACAAUACUGAAGUCUGUCUUCUCAUCCAAUAACAUUUCAUUGUCUUUAUUUUCACUAACACCUGAUGAACUGAAUGUAGAACGUGUUGUGGUAUUUAACUGAGAAAACAUUUCUAAUGGAACAGCAUCGACAGGUGAUCACGUGAUCAUUUCUAAUGGAACAGCAUCGACAGGUGAUCACGUGUUCAUUUCUAAUGGAACAGCAUCGACAGGUGAUCACGUGAUUAUUUCUAAUGGAACAGCAACGACAGGUGAUCACGUGAUCUUUUUCAUCGGCGGAAAAUUCGAAUGUUGUUUGUUGGAGGGUUAAUGUGGUUGUUCUCUCGAAAACAUGUUAAAAGAAUUAAAGCUAGCAUUUGUUUUUGUUAA